AUGGCAGGGUCAGCUGAUGUCACAGCAAUGAUUUGUUGUGAGUGGGCUAGCCAUUGAAUCGGAACAAUGAUCCAUUGUGUAGGAACAAUCAACAAUUGAAUGGGUUCGAACUUCUCCGCAAGGAUCGCCUAGGAUUUGCAACUGAACAGCAAAUAAUAUGGGAAUACUUUUCUUGUAAUUUCUGCACAUUUUUAUUUGGCAGAUUGUGAAAUUUCGUUUAAAGGGAUAAAAAAGCAAAAAUUUUCAUGCUGGUAAUCAAAGAAAACUUGUCCACAUGAAGUUGAAGCUGUGGCUCAGCAUAUGUACGUUUAUCGUACUAGCAUCGCUAGAGGCCUGGACACUAGUCAUACGACCAAAACUACUCAAAGCCCCUGCGGUAUCUCCAGCUCUGCGAAAAUGGAGACAACAACAAGCAUUAAAGAGGCACAUGAUGCAAACGAGGCCAAUGUCAUCACCAAACAAAGUUGGUCUAUCAAUGGCAGUAGCCAGAGCCAAUAUUGCAAAACAAAAACAACUUAAAGCAUUGCAAAGCAAAAAGCAAGCACAAAACAAGAAAAUUGUUAAUAAAAGACUUAACAAAAAUAGCCUGAACGCUGCUAAAAAGCCAGCAGCAAAUGUAAGGCAAAAGCCUUCACGCGCGGGAAAUUACCUAGCUCGUAAACCUUCAAUCGGCAAAUCACAGACAAGAAAUAAACUUAGUCAACCGAUUAGCAAUGGACUUUUUUUAGCUGACGAAAAGACGAAACAAGGCGUUGUAAGAGAAAAUAUUUAUCCAAAAGAUGCAUACCAACAGGUUGAAAAUUAUGUGGACAAUGUAUUACAUGAUGCAGUGAGAAUUCCCGGAAUAAAUUACUAUUCAAAUCAGUAUGACCAAGAUAGAUCGAUUCAGCAGAUUGGAAUGGGCAGAACAGCAGUAGCGCCAGCACCUCCUCUACCUCCACCACCUCCACCACCACCUCCGCCACCACCUCCUCCGCCACCACCUCCUCCCCAAAACCCUUCUCCCCCACCAGUACCCCCACAAGUGCCCCCUCCAGCACCUGCCCCACCCCCAGCGCCAGCAGUUGUACCAGCUCCAGCACCAGCACCUGCAGCUCCACCUGCUGCCGCUCCACCUGCUGCUCCCGCGCCAGCCCCCGCUGCUGCCUCUGCGCCAACCCCUGUUUCUUGGCAAGAGAAUAAUGACGCAGCUUUCCAGGAGAAGAUGGGGAAAACAGUUGAAGUUCCAGAACCGAAUGGAAAGCAGGCAAAAUACUAUUCUUACACAACAGAACUUGUUUCAGAUGGAAAAGGAGGCUACAAAGAGAUCAUGCCGAAUUCAAAGCAGGCGGCUCCAGAAGUAGCUGCACCAGUGCCAGCUGCAAAUGCACCAGUUAAGGUCACGAAGAAAGCUCAACAUAGAGGAACGAUAAAUGACUGCACGAUAGCAGUCGGAAAUCGCUCUGAUGACCAGGUGCAGCCUUCGAAACGAGUGUAUUCGCUUGGCGGCCACGUGUUUGCUGACAUUGGUUGCUAUAGUGAUUGUUGGAAAAGGGCGAUUCCAACCUUAGAAGGGAAUCACGAUUUGUUAAUGGAAGAUGACUACAAGAAGCGCGGCGACGCAUUGCAGAAGUGCGCAGAGGCUUCUUUAGAUCGAGGCUUCAAGUAUUUUGCACUGCAAAAUGGAGGCCAGUGCUUUGCUGGUAUGAAUGGAACCGGAGGUACAACAUAUACGGCCACUCUGACAGGUGCAGAGAUGACGGUUUGGGAGGACCUUACGCAAAUGAAGUGUAUAUGUUUGAAGAAAGUCCUACACCAAAGAGAGUCCCGUCAGCCUACACAAAACCAACACAGACCCAAAAGCACCUCUCCGGAAAAUGUCGAAAUAGCGAUUGCGAUUCGCUAGAUGGUUACGACGCGUCGCUAAUGAAAGAAGAAAAGGAACUGAGUGAAGAGGAGGAUGAAAUUGAGGCAAGUGAGGAGACAGCAAAACACAAGAACAAACUGAAAGACAUCGGAGUAGCGAUACAAAAAUUACUGAAAAAACAUGACAAUGAUGACGCAUUGGCAAAAGAAG